AUUAAAGCCUUUCUUACUUGACUGUGGUGGUGUUUGUGCGGGUGCUGGACGCGGUGGAUAGCAGCCAGAUAGAAAUCUAUAAAGAUGGCCUCGGCAACAGCAACCUACGGGCAGAAGGAGUCUUCGGACCAAAACUUCGACUAUAUGUUCAAGAUCCUCAUCAUCGGAAACAGCAGCGUGGGCAAAACCUCCUUCUUGUUCCGCUACGCCGAUGAUUCCUUCACACCAGCCUUUGUCAGCACCGUGGGCAUCGACUUCAAGGUGAAGACCAUCUACAGGAACGACAAGAGGAUCAAAUUACAGAUCUGGGACACAGCGGGUCAGGAACGUUACCGCACCAUCACCACCGCUUACUACCGAGGAGCCAUGGGCUUCAUCCUCAUGUACGACAUCACCAACGAGGAAUCCUUCAACGCCGUCCAGGACUGGUCCACUCAGAUUAAGACGUACUCGUGGGACAACGCCCAGGUGUUGCUGGUCGGAAACAAGUGUGACAUGGAGGACGAACGAGUGGUGAGCGGAGAUAGAGGCCGGCAGCUGUCGGAACACCUCGGUUUUGAGUUCUUCGAGGCCAGUGCCAAGGACAACAUCAAUGUGAAGCAGACCUUCGAGCGCCUGGUCGACAUCAUCUGUGAAAAGAUGUCUGAGAGCCUGGACGCAGGAGAUCCCGCUGUCACAGGGGCCAAACAGGGGCCCCAGCUGACAGAGCAGCCCGCUCCACCUCACCAGGACUGUGCAUGUUAAAGCUGACUACUCCCUACUCCCUCCCUGCUCCUUCUUCUACUUCUCCCUCAGCUGGAUCCCAGGCCCCGGGUCUAUUCUCCAUCACCCUUUUCACUUACUUUCCUGCUUCUGUCUGUAUCUCAGUAAGGAUCAUUGGCUCAUAGUCACAAGAGUCAGGUUGAAAAAUGUCUGAAAUGCUCUGAGAGUUUUGUGGACCAGUGCUUAAGCUGUGUUUGCUUCUGGUUCCUCCGCAUACAGGAGCCUAAAUGUGUUGGGGUUUUUGAUCAAUGCUGUGUCUGAUGCUAAAGCAAGUUCAGUUAAACCAAAGUGUUUCAGACUCUUUACAAUCUGUGUUCUUUCAGUUUCCAGACCUGUUUUCCGUUGUCUCCCUGCUCCUCAGUGUGGUUUAUCAAGAAGGAUUUGACGGCGUCCGUCCUCAGAGUGCCAUUUAAAUCCUUCCCAUGUUUACAGUGCUUCGUUUCAUGUUUUGAGAAGAUGUCAGCCUUGGGGACCAAUAAGGUCACAGUUGAGUUAUUUAUAUGCGAGAGGGAGGAUUCAGUUGAAAGCUGCUCCAUACCGAUGUGUUAUAUUUCUUAUAUGAUUCUGGAUGCAUCGGGAAUCAUAUAAACAUGGAUCUGCGUUACUUUUUUCCUCGCCUCGUAUCUAAACAUGGAUGCUGCAGGUUUCAGGAAGACUUGUGUUUUGUUCCAUCUGGCCUUUUAUUUUUUAUUUUUUUUACAUUUCUUCAGCAAACAUUUUUUGUAUUCUGAUGCCCCAGUUAUUAUUUUCAUACAUUUAACACUCAGUCGGGGAAAAUAUGAACAGGAUAUAGUAAAAAUAGUAAAACAUGAAGACACAUUUUAUUUAAUUAUAUUUAUUUCAAAUGUACAUAUUAAUGUUGUGCAAUAUAUAUAUAUAAAUAUAUAAUAUCUACAGGUAUGCAUUUCUGAAAAUGAAUUUUAAAAGGAAUGAACUUCAAUGAGGAUAGUAUCAAAUAUAAAAAAGGUAUAUGUUGUAGGGUUUGUUUGAAAGAUGUGUGUGGAUUGCGUCCUUUCCCCGUUGGUUUGAUCUCAUGCUGCUCACCAGGGAUGUUGCAAGUCAGAAUUUCAAACUUCCUUCUGAGAAAAAAGCCAUUGAGCGGCACUUUGAGUGUGAAUUACAAGUCACAAAUUUACCAAAAUGUUUAUCAUCCUCCAAAUCCACUUUAGUGUGAUUUUCAGCCCUGCUGCUGAGGAAGUGUAACAUCUUACCAUGUAAUUAAUGAUGGCAGUUUCUUUCUAAAUGAAUCAGAACCAGAAUCAUUUUUAUGAACAACUGCAGUUAACUUGUCUCGCUGAUGUUGAGACGUCAAGACCUCGGAGAGCAAAGAUUAAACUGACCGCACCGGAGAGGAUGGUUAGAUUCAAGACAAGGAAAAGAAUCUUACUGUAGCAUAAAUUACAUCUAUCAGUCUAGAUCCAAAACGACAGGCAGGAUUUCACAUAUCCGGCAUCUGUUUGGAUUUUGAAUCUUAAUUUGCACUGAAUGGAUUCAGGCCUGUUGUACGUUUGCUGUUCAGGUAUCGCUCAUGUUCACUUACAUGUUUUUGAGGGCCACUAAGAGACAUCAUAUUAUCUCAUGGACAUAAGAGAAAUUUGUCAAACUGCAAACACACUCUAAAUGAUAGUAAGACGUCUUCAGGAUCAGUAUUACAGAGCAGCUUGAUUAGAUACUGGCGGCCUCUUGUGUGGACCUGCGUUUACUUGUCUGUGUGUAAUGUUAUCUCCAGGUGAAUGAUGGACGCCACUGUUUAAAGUCAAGCAAGCAUCAAACAGCUGGAGGCUGCAUGUUCACAGACCAGACAGCUGCUGAGUUUCUACCACUUUGUUUUGAAUCAUCACAGAAUAUCCUUUUCGGAGGUUGUCUUGAGUCGACACUCUGGACGCAGAUUACCCUUCCUACCCUCAGAAACUGACUGAAUUUGCACACUUGUUUUAAUACAGUUCCCAACAGUUCAAACUGGAUUCCCACGUAUUCCAGUGUAUCACUUUCACCCUAGAUCACUGUCGAAGCAGCUCAUCGUUGUUGCAGUAGAAUACCAGAAUUAGAUGCGGGAUCCGGGUUUAAUAGUUUAAAUUGUAAUAAAACAAUAAAAGUCCUGUUUGGUGGACAUAAAUAAACUCUGGUUAUUAAACUCAUUGUUUACAAUGACAAUGAUGAUAAAGAUUGCAUUACUACCAAAUGAUACUCUGGAAGUCAUAAUUAUGGUAAAGCUUAAAUCUGAAUCGGAAAAGUCGAAUUGAUGUGAGGUUUAAUUGUCAUGUGUAGCAUAAUAAACCUGGAAGGAUAUUAAAGUGUGAGAAAUGAGGCCCCACACAUAUUAGUGAUUCUAUUGUCAUAUAGGAAGUGAUGAAAUUGAUGUAAAUUAUCACAACAAACCUAGGAAAUAAUUUUUCAGAUUUUAUUUUUUCCCCCCUGCUUAUAUUUUUCUUCUUACUGGUUGUGACUGUUUCUUUCCCAGUAAAAUCUAAACUUUUAAAACCGUUCUCCUAUGUAAUAUGUCUUCCUCUCUAUAUAAACCAGAUCUGUAAAUAUUGUACCUUUGAGUCAUAUGUGUGGAUUGUGUUGUAUCAACUCAGGCUUGCAACAUCAACGAAAAAAGGAGAGAAAAAAAGUCAGUAAAAACCUUGAAGCCCCCAAAAGAGCCAUGUUGUACUGUAUCUGCAUUCAUUUCUAUAGACCUGCUUGUGAAUGGAUGUGUCACUCAGUUAUGAAGCAAUACACACACUCUACAGUGUCUGCACUAAAAGAAAUGCCACCCAGCUUGGUAGAGGUUGCCGACAUUAGAUCUUCUACUAGCACGCAGAAACAUAGAACUUUAUUUGGUCUGGUAUCACUGCCUCUUCAAAUCCUCCUCGGUUUGGGCCGUUAAGAUGAGAGAAUAUGCUGUGGAUGUUUUUAUCUGUACUUUGUGGUAAAACAAUAAAAAAAAAGUUGCUAACAA